AUGACACUUGGUACUGGCAAUUUAAUCAACAGCUAUUGGUACGCAUUAUGGUUAACUGCGGAGAAUGGCCAUGGCUAUUUCGCUAUUACCACUCUUUCUCAAGUUAUCACUGCAGGGGAAGGCAUCAAUUCCUGCCUAUCUCUCCUAGAUAUCGAUACAGGAGAAUACUACGGGAGAACUGAUUUUACUCCGGGGACAUUUUCAAAUACGACAUACGACAUUAGCAACAAGGUUGCGCACAAAUACUCGACUAAACCUGAUCUGGUUUCUGUGCAGCACGCAGAGACCUUCCAUCCCUGUGUGACAAUGAAUCUCACCCUCGAGCCGCGAGGCCCCAAUUUAUACCACGCAGGUUCGGGAAUUCAUUGGUUCGGGGGUGGAAUUACCCAUGAGAUUGCAUCUCCUCAACUAUGGGUUACAGGCAGCAUUAACGUGAACGGCACUGAUGUUGCGGUUAUUCCUGAGGAAUCAGUGGGUUGGUUGGAUCGACAAUGGGGUCCUGGUGCUCCCACAAAAGGAUGGGACUUCUAUACCAUCUACUUAUCGAAUGGAUGGUCGAUGAGCGUUUGGCAUGUAUCCUCAACCAAUCUUCCAUUGAAACUAUCACGUUUUGCAACUGUUCUAUUCCCUAAUGGACAUACCGAGGUUCACACCUUAGAGGACGACAUUCAUCCUACCGGACCAUGGGUAUCACCGGUCACCAAUCUUACAUACCACAAUGGAUAUACUUUGAACUUACCAACUCUGGGUCUAUCUUUGGAGGUUACAGUAAAACAUCCAGGUACAGGAGAACUGACUAAUUUGGAUGUUCCUGAUCUUGGAACGACUAUCCUCGAAGCUUACGUUGAAGUUUCAGGAAUCCAUGAUGGCGAACCAGUUACCGGAUUUGGAGUGUCGGAACAAUUGAAUAGCCUUUAA